GCGCGGCGGCGGGUGAUGUCAGCGGAUCAGCUGCUCGGGAACAAAGAACGGACGAGAGUCUUCCCCAAGACCCAAAGUUGCGGCGGCGGCGGCGGCGGCGGCUUUGGCGUUGUCGGAUCCCCUUUCCCCCUUCCCGGCCGGCGCCAUGGAUAGCGACGACGAGAUGGUGGAGGAGGCGGUGGAAGGGCUUCUGGAUGAUGAUGGGUUACCUCAUGGCCUCUGCACCGUCACCUACUCUUCCACUGACAGAUUCGAGGGUCACUUUGUUCACGGAGAAAAGAACGGGCGUGGAAAGUUCUUCUUCUUUGAUGGAAGCACGCUUGAAGGAUAUUACGUGGACGACGCCCUACAGGGACAGGGGGUGUACACGUAUGAAGACGGAGGCGUCCUCCAUGGCACCUAUGUGGACGGAGAGCUGAAUGGACCAGCCCAGGAAUAUGACACGGACGGGAGACUGAUCUUCAAAGGGCAAUACAGAGAUAACAUUCGGCAUGGAAUCUGUUGGAUAUAUUACCCAGACGGAGGCAGCCUUGUAGGAGAAGUGAAUGAAGACGGAGAGAUGACUGGUGAGAAGAUAGCCUACGUGUACCCUGAUGGGAGGACCACGGUCUAUGGAAAGUUCAUAGAUGGAGAGCUGAUCGAAGGCAAACUGGCCACCCUAACAUCCACAGAGGAGGGGAGGCCCCACUUUGAACUGAUCCCAGGAAGUUCAGUGUACCACUUCGAUAAAUCUACUUCAUCCUGCAUUUCUACAAACGCACUUCUUCCUGAUCCUUAUGAGUCAGAAAGGGUGUAUGUUGCGGAGUCUCUCAUUUCCACUGCUGGAGAAGGUCUGUUUUCUAAGGUAGCAGCAGGACCUAGCACGGUUAUGUCCUUUUACAAUGGAGUCCGAAUUACACACCAAGAGGUGGACGGCAGAGACUGGGCCCUUAAUGGAAACACACUCUCUCUGGAUGAUGAAACCGUGAUAGAUGUGCCUGAGCCGUAUAACCACGCAUCCAAGUAUUGUGCCUCCCUGGGACACAAGGCCAAUCACUCGUUCACUCCUAACUGCAUCUAUGACCCGUUUGUCCAUCCCCGUUUCGGGCCCAUCAAAUGCAUCCGCACCAUCCGCGCCGUGGAGAGAGAUGAGGAACUCACUGUGGCCUACGGCUACGACCACAGCCCCCCCGGCAAGGGGGGACCGGAAGCCCCGGAAUGGUACCAGGUGGAACUGAAGUCCUUCCAGGCUACACAGCAGAAGUGAGAUGUGCAAAGGGACCCUCCGGGGAGAGCGGUCGGGAGGAGAAACUUGGAUCUAUGCACUUCGUUUGUACUGAAAACUGGACAGCCAGGGCCUGCUCAUGCUGUUCCAUCUUAACCUCUCCCUCUGUGUUAGCAAUGAGUUUCUUGCAUACUAACUAGGUUUGACUGUAUUGCUCAUACCAGAUUUAAAAUUAGCUAGCAUUGCAACCGAGUCUUACUGGGAGGGAAUCAUUUAAUAUCCUGCACACGGCAGCGUGAUGUUCUUUGGUAGUUCUACGUCUAAAUCUGCACCACAUUCAGAGAUGCCAAAAGAUUAGACUGAAAAAGGGAAAUGGGGUUUAUCAGUCAUUUUUAGUCUGUGGCUUUUCCAUACCGCUAGAUCUCUGGCCACUGCAAAUUGUGCAAUUGCAUUCCUGCAUAUCACCCUUCUUGAGGGUAGGGAGUUAGUACUCUACUUGGAUGUUCUCUAAACGUAGCAGAAUUUGCCUUUUAACCUUUGAUCUGUAUCGUGCAAUAGAGAAGCUUUAUUAUUUCUUAGUAGAAAGGAUCCUGUUUUUGAGUCUUUCCCCCCAACACCCAGCCUGAACUAUAUACCCUGCCCAUGAAAUCCUCUUUUGCAAGAAGCCUUUCUCACAGGCUUUGUGGGAUGUGUGUGGGUCUCUGUGGCUCUCUUUCUAUUCCAUUGUCUCACUACUAUUAUUACUAUUAUGUCCAAAUAUUAGUACAUUUCUGGCCCCUGAGGCCAAGGAAUUUCAUUGUGAUUAUUCUCGCAUGUGAAUGAAGACAACUUUGCUUUAAGAGAUGAGGAGAAAUGGAUUGGAUUCAUAUGUGGCAAAAGUGAUGGAAGUGUAAUCUAUACCUUCAGGAAGAAAAGAAGGCAAUUCUUAGCAGUGGGCAAAAAUUUGAUGGUGGAAUUAUGGCAUCUUCAACAGUGUUGGUGGGUUUUUUUUUCCCCCUUGAAUGAACAUUCCUGUAGAAUCCAGUCCUUUGUCCACAUCUAGUACUUAAAUAGAAUGCAUUAAUAGUCAACCUAGGUUCCAGUUGCAAGACAUGGGUCUAUUAAACUACUAAGACAGAAACCCCUGGCAACUAGGAGCAAAGGUAUGUUUAAUGUUGAAACUGCUCAUCAUUGGAGUUGCAAGAUAUUUACCUGCUUCAAUGCACUGUAGAAAUUGUACAUUAAAAAAAAAAAGCAGCACACCAGUAUAUUUGCAAGCCAUAGAUUAUAGAAGACAUAGGAGGAAGAAAUAGUGCUUUAUUUUUUUCUAAUUAAGUCUGUGACAGUACUCGAUUAUUGCCCUGAAAUAUAUAACAGCUCUUAUGCAGCUGAAAAUGCUUUAGAUGCAAAUGCUUUAGAUUCCCUUGAGCCCAGAUGAUCUAUCAUUUUAAAAAAGGCAAAAUCCUGUUCGGUUUUUAGAGCAGCAAAAUAUUUAACCAGCAAAUAAGAGGUGAGGGCUUGAGUGGAUUUGGGUCUUGGGUUUAGACCAAUAAAGCCUUCUGAUUUAUAUCAGUUGUUUUUCAGUGAGGAAUUACAAAUGGGGAGGAGGAAUAAGCCAGAAAGAGGCACAAAUUUUGCUGUUUUGUGUUUCCUGGGCCCACAUCUGAUACUGUGAGGAGGGAUUGAAGGAAGGCACCUGGUUCAAAGCACAAGUUAACAUUUGUAGGAUCUGGACGGUUCUCCUCAGUCAAAGCCUGAAUGGAGGUGGGUUCUGCUUUUGAUAGGCUCAUGGGCCCUGGGGCCAGUUUCCUAUAUCCACGCUUUGCAAAGAUAGCAGAUAGCCCAGACCAGCAGUGUCUUGGGGUCACAGCUGAUGCUCAAACGAGGGGGAGAGUUUUCAGGGGUGACAAUGGCAGCGCUAAAGCAACCAGGGGAAAAAAAAACCCCAUCUUUCAGCGCUCUCCAAUUCAAGGCUGAACAAGAGAGUAAAAAAUAACUGCUGCCUUGUGGAAAGACAACAUUCCAUAUAUCAAGGAGUUAAAUGGAAUUUUGGGGCCUUGUUCCUUUUAGUAUUCAGGGGCCUUAGGCUACCCAUACUAAAAGUAAUAAUUGUUGUUGUUAUUGUGGUAUUAAGUGUGUACUAUGUGCCAAGCACUGUACUAAGAGCUGGGGUAGAUGUAAUGAAAUCAGAUCAAGAAACAGUCCCAAGUUAAGUGACUGUCCCAAGGUCACAGAGAAGACAAGCGGCUGAGAAGCAAUUAGAACCCAAGAUUCCUGACUCCCCAUCCUGUGCUCUUCUCACUAGGCCUAUGCUGCUUUCCACUAAGGUUUUUCAUAAAAAUGAUUGGAUUGCCAAGUCAGUUUACCUUUUGGGGAAAUUAGUGUUGCGCAGGUGACUGUCACUAUGCCAGUUACCUGAACACUAAAGUCCAGGAUUUUGUGAACUAUGAUCAUUUGGGCUUAAUUUUAUUCCCAAGUAGGCUUCCACAGAGCAUUCCUCUCCUCUGUCCCUUGCUAUCCCCCCCCCCACCCCCAAAGGAUUAUGUUUCUGUUUUCCAAAGGAUAUGUGAUGUGGGUCAAAUAUUUGCCUAGGGAAGUGUAGGCAGGAGUUUAGAGAAAUUGAAACCUUUGAAGAUUAGCUUUGCUGCUUCCAAUGGCAUUUAUUCAUUUUGUUGAUAAGUGAGUAGGCUUUUCGGUGGGAGUGGUUUGCCUGACCAUAGCUUAGUCUCUUGUCUGACCAGCUCCUCUCUGUCCACAUUUAUCCUUCAUGUGGACAGAAUAAAAGAGAAAACUCGAUUGCCUCUUUUUUCAGCUUCAUCAGGAAACUUAGGUGUCCCGUCUUGCAGAGACAUUGGAUCUGGAGUCUGUUUUUUCUGCCGGAUUCAGAUUUGGGGCUGGGACAUCCUGGAAAGAUGGAAUAUAAACAACUUUCCAAGAGCCCUAACCAUGAAAGUGGUAGGUCUUGGAUUUUAAGUAAUGAGCAUAGGUGGCUUGAGGGUUUGGGGAGCCCAGCCUUCCUUGGUGCUAAAAGUUCCGUUCACUGAAUCAGCCUUGAAGCCUUUUGGCCAAUCCCUUAGCGGGAACUAGAUUUGGGAGCCGAGCAUCUGUGGAGCUCAGUCAGUCACUUGUAUUUAUUGAGCGCUUAACGUGUGCAGAGCACUGUACUUAGCGUUUGGGAGAGUACAACAAAACGAUAUAACAGACACAUUCCCUGCUUACAACGAGCUUACAGUCCAGAGGGGGAGUACAGAUUGUGUCUGUGGAAUUCAGAGAGGCUUGAAUUGGUGCAGGGGACAGAAAGAACUCUCCAGUGGCCUCCCCAUCUGUGGCCUCCCCAUCCUCUUUUCAGCUACCUCAUCUCUGCAGGUGGGACAUCCACUGAAACUGGCCAAUCUCCAAGUGCGGUAGAGAGAGGUAAGCUAAGUCAGAAUUUGUUCUUGGCAAAAAUGGAAAGUCAGAGGUGGGGAAAGCACUGGAAUGUAAUGGCAUCUAGAUUACUAGAUCUAGUAGGGAAGGAGUGGGUUGGGAAUAUGAAGUGAGGUUUUACUGUUUCCCUUGGAAAUGACAAAGAGUUUUGCAGGUACGAAGUGGAGAUGACCAAAAAAUUCUUACUGAGCCUCAGCCUCAAAGAAAUUAGUCCAUGUGCAUCUCUACUGGACACUUACCUGAUAAACUCGACAUUUUAACCAUCUUGGCACGAUCAAAUUAGCAGGAGAAACUCAUCUGUAAGAACACCACCCCCCCCCCCCGCCAAACAAAAAUUUGAGGUGGACUAAUAUUGGAAUUGAGAAUAAUUGUACUGACUGAUUUUUUGCUUGCAGAGAUAAUAGGGGAAAAUAGAAUUAUGUGGAAAGAUUUGUUUUGUAAGAAAAUAUCUACUUCUGAAUUAACCUGCCUCAUCCCCGCCUAUUUGAGAAGUGAAGAAGAAAAUCAAACUCUACUGAUUAUGAAUUAAAACAAUCAAGUACAGUAUCUAAAGCCACAAAUGCUUUGGUGAUCCAGAAGUGUGGAAAGCACUAUCAUAUUUUCUUUGUAAUGCUUAACAGAUUAAUGAUCUAAUGACAACCAAUUUACUGUUACUAUUUGCUGUUUUUUUAACUAGAUCUUUUAAAGCAAAAAUGUUACUUGGAGAGUUGACAUGUAGCACUUUAACUGCAUUUGUUUACAUGAAAGUUUAAAACCUCUUAAAGGAAAUUGCUUUCCAAGUCUUUGGUUAGAAAAGUACAGCCUUGUUUUGGGGAAAAGUGACUGGAAAGAGGAUUCCAAUUUACAAAUACUGACUUAGAAUCAACUCUUUAAUGAAUGUUUUUUAAAAACUGCCUCGGGAGACUGAUGUUUGCUUAUUGGCCACAGAUCAAAGGUUUGUAAGCUUGUUAAAAUUAAUGUAAUUUGAGGCACCUCACUAGCAUGUAUCACUGUCCGUUCUUUCUCUUCAGUAAUUUAGAGCUUCCUUCCCACAAAUGCAUUUAUUUAAAUACGUUUCAUUUUGCAAACUUUCUGCAUUUUAUUUUGUAUACAUAUUCAAAGCAAUGAAACUAAUUCAAGCCAUAAAACUACAAGUGUGAGUUACCCUUUUUCGCAAAUUUUCUCGUGUUUGUAUGUAAAUAGAUGUUUGUACGAAAUAUUUUAAUGGAAGAAAGAAUAUAUUUAAAUGAAACGUAAUUGUUCCGAUAGUAUUUUAAAAAGAAUUACAAACUUUUGUGAGGAGCAUCUGAGUAUGAUAAUGACAAAUAAUGUAGAAGCGAUUUAAAAACAUCAGGAAUCUACAAACUAUCCUUACUGCUAGUAGCAGCAACCCCUUCUUGUUACAUCUCUGGUACUCAAAGAGAUAAUAAAUCCUAUUUUUCUCCCCAGUACCUAACCUACCACCUCUCUGUCCAGAAAGGGUACAUUUAGUGUACUGGUGGAGUAGUUUAGUUCACAAAGUGGCCUGAAGGAGUGAAUGUACCUUCCCUUGCACCUAAUUUAUUACAUGGGAGUAGUUAAGGCCAAGGGGGAAGGUGGGCAGGGAGACAGAGGUGGAAAUCCAAUUGUUGAGCACAGUUAUCAGAAAUCAUUUGAUUAUCAGUUCCUUCUCUUGGACACACCUCAACUCUCCCGCUCAUGAUACAGACAGUAAAACUUCUUUAUAACGUUUUCAGGGAGCCAGAUUUUUCUAAUGUUGUAUGAUAAAUGAAUGUAAUGAUGAUAAAAUGAAAUGAGAAUGUUAGAAUUUUUCACUGUGUGCAUAAACAUAUAUACACACAUACCAGUUUAUCCUUACCAUGAGUUGAUCUAAGUGAAAUUUUUGCUACUGUAAUUAAUUUUGAUUCAUGAGCUGAAAAGCUACUGGGAAAUAGUAAGGCCUACUUAUACUAGAAGAAAAGUAUUUCCAGGGUGUCUGAAUAACCUGCUUCGAUAACUUUUUCUGCUUAGGUCAUCUAUCUCCUCAUUUUAAUUUUCAACUGGUGUGUGGUAGAUUGUGGGAUACAUUUAAGGUUUGAAAGUUGGGGUAAGCUUGCUAUAUGCAGAGCAACAAAAAGCUAACCCCUCCAUAUUUAAUACGUUGAUUGGUCUUUUAUGGCAUUUGUACUAAAACAAUGAGCCUUAUUCGAUAUCUGUGGGUUUAUGAUUUUUAAAACUAUGGGAAACUCUAAUGAAAGAUGUUUACAUGCAUGUUUGCCCUUACUGCGUUAUGAAUGAAAUUUUUGUAGUGUGUCUGGGUGUGUGGGCAAGAGAGUAGGAAAAAUGUUUCUGAAACAAAACUUGACAAAUAUUUGUAAACGAGAAGUGAAUUUUAAAGAUUGCUUUAAUUACGCUAUAGAAGCAAUGCAAGUAUUAAACAACACAUACAAUCAAA